CGACGAAGCCAGGCGUCAGUCAGGUCAGUCGGCUCGCUGGAGCGGACGGGUGGCGAGGGAGCCUGCGCACUGGUGCCUUAAAAAUCGCCGCCCACACAAUGUGGAACCGUAAGGGGGAAGCUGCUCUGAAGCGCGCUCGGCCGGCAAGCCCGGCCGAGGGGUUGCACACACCGGAAAAACGCGGUGUUUUAGGGCCGGUUGCUGAUCCCGGCGGGCUCCAUCCCCGAGAAUGGGACACGGACCAGCUGUGUGAUUUCCUCCGCAGCAAGGGAUUCAACGAUCCGGCGUUGUUGCGCUGCCUGCAAGAAAAUCAAAUCAGUGGUUCCUCAGUGCUUUUCCUCACAGAAUCUCAUCUUACCGAAAUGGGAAUUAGUCAUAUAGGAGUGAGAGUGAAGCUUCUGGAUUGUCUGAACAAACUAACAUUAAGUCAUGCUGACAUAAUGAAGGUAUUUAAUGACCCAAUCCAUGGUCACAUUGAAAUGCAUCCUCUUCUUGUUAAAAUCAUUGACACACCUCAAUUUCAGCGUCUACGAUACAUUAAACAAUUAGGUGGUACCUACUAUGUUUUCCCAGGAGCAUCACACAACCGCUUUGAACAUUCUCUUGGAGUUGGUCACCUGGCAGGCUGUUUGGUUCGGGCCCUGCAAGAGCGGCAACCAGAACUGAAUAUAAAUCAGCGGGAUAUUUUGUGUGUCCAGAUUGCUGGUCUUUGUCAUGAUUUGGGUCAUGGACCAUUUUCACAUAUGUUUGAUGGAAGAUUCAUUCCACUUGCUCGUCCAGACUUCAAAUGGAAGCAUGAAAAGACUUCCGUUGAUAUGUUUGAGCACUUGAUCUCUUCCAACAAGCUGGGUCAAGUCAUGGAAUAUUAUGGCCUUGAUCUGAAUGAAGAUAUGGACUUCAUCAAAGAACAAAUAGCAGGACCCAUUGAUACAGAAAGAGAGAAUUUUUCGUGGCCUUACCGUGGGCGACCUGAAGAAAAGAGCUUUCUUUAUGAGAUAGUGGCUAACAAAAGGAAUGGUAUUGAUGUUGAUAAAUGGGAUUAUUUUGCCAGGGAUUGUCAUCACCUUGGAAUUCAGAAUAAUUUUGAUUAUGAACGAUUCAUCAAAUUUGCCCGGGUCUGUCAAGUGAAAAAGCAAAAACAUAUUUGCACCCGUGACAAGGAGGUUGGGAAUUUGUAUGACAUGUUCCAUACACGGAACUGCCUUCACCGCAGAGCCUACCAGCACAAAGUUGGCAACAUCAUUGAAACCAUGAUUACAGAUGCCUUGUUAAAAGCUGAUCCGCAUAUCACAAUAAAAGGCUCUGGGGGGAAAGAAUACAAGAUCUCUACAGCACUUCAAGAUAUGGAAGCCUACACUAAGCUAACAGAUGAGAUCUUUCUAACAAUCCUCCACUCUGAUAAACCAGAGCUGAACGAAGCACGGGAAAUUUUGCGUAAAAUAGAGAGACGUGAUCUCUAUAAGUACCUUGGGCAGACUCAGCCUCCAGAGGGCAAGGAAAUCCCAAAGGAGCAAUAUGAUAAACUAUCUGCUGAAAUAGUUGAGGCUAAGCCAAAAAUACUUCCUGAAGAUGUUGAAUUGCAGGCUGUUCCGUUGAAAGCUGAAGACUUUAUUGUUGAUGUUAUCAAUAUGGAUUAUGGAAUGAAAGAGAAGAACCCUGUCAAUAACGUACACUUCUAUUGUAAAUCUGACAUCAAUCAUGCAGUCAAAAUUACAAAAGAACAAGUUUCAAAGCUUCUUCCAGAAAAAUUUGCAGAACAACUAAUCAGAGUUUAUUGUAAGAAAACUGAUGAAAAGAUUAUUUGUCUUGCUACAAAACAUUUCAUUCAGUGGUGCAUAAACAAUGAUUUCACUAAACCACAGGAUGGUGAUGUGGUUGCUCCUGAACUUACUCCAAUGAAGCCAGGGUGGAAUACAGUUGAAGAUGAUGAAAGGAAUGGUGCAAAGGAAGCCAGUAAUACAUCAACAUGCAAAAAACUUUUUAAUGACUGAGUUAUGGAAAUGAUUUUUUUAAACAUAUGCACAACAUGUAAACAAUACAGAUAAAUUUUUAUCAUGUUUUGUUUUCAAAUAAGAGUAUUUUGUAAAAUAA